AUGUCUGAUAUUUAUUUUAAUCUUAGUGAACUUCUCAAUUCUUUAACCGAUAAAGAAGUAUUAGAGUCUCUCCUGUUGGGAGAAAAUUUAACUGAACAAUAUUUCAAACCAGAAAUGGUUCGAUUACCUCCACCAUUACAUGUCGCUGAAGAUGAGCUUGCAUGGCUUUUCCCUUCAGAAUUGGAUGAUUUCAAAAUGGUCUGGGAUCCAACUGUGUCUUCUCGUGUCUCUGGAGUAUCAGAAGCUAAAACUCUAAUGUCCAGAGCCUUUGAAUCAACUUUAACUGUUGACCAACAGAAAACUUUACUCCAAGAGAUUGAAAAAGAUCAUACAUUAAUCUACCAUGUUGGAUUAACACCAGCCAAGUUACCUGAAUUAGUUGAAAAUAAUCCACUAAUUGCUAUUGAGGUUCUAUUAACACUUAUGCCAUCUAAUCAAAUUUCUGAAUAUCUAUCGGUUCUUGUCAACAUGGAGAUGUCCGUUCACUCAAUGGAAGUUGUAAAUAGAUUAACCACCGUUGUUGAACUUCCCCCAGAAUUUGUCCAUCUUUACAUUACUAAUUGCAUACAAACCUGUGAACGAAUCAAAGAUAAAUGUAUGCAAAAUCGUUUAGUCCGAUUGGCCUGCGUCUUUCUUCAAUCACUAAUUCGCAACAAGAUAAUCAAGAUUCAAGAUGUUUUCCUAGAAGUUCAAGCUUUUUGUAUUGAAUUUAGUAAAAUCCGAGAGGCAGCAGCUCUAUUCAGAUUACUCAAGCAACUUGAUUUAUGUGAACAGGAAAACUCACCACCAUCAACCACCACAACCAAUUCAUCAUCUUCAUUCAACAUUGUGACAACAUCCAAUAGCAAUAACAACACAGGCACAUCUUCACAAUCAUCUUCACCAUCAUCUCAACAACAAUCACCACAAGCCUAA